UGUGAAGGGAACAGUCACAUCACAUGUGUGUGAGCAUCACUGAGACGAUGUGGAUUACUUUUUCUUUAGUCACACUUGCGUGGUUUUCUACAGCCCAAGCUGGCGGCGACUGUAGAAAUGUCCUCUCUGACUGUCUAAUACAACAACAACAUGGUGAUGUCCCCUGGACCAUGUGCUAUGAGGACAGCAUUGCAAGCUGUACAGUGAGAGGCCAACCGAUCCCAAACUUCAUUCAUCGGAGGGUGAACUGGUCUGAAAAGGUUGAAGAGAGUCCCACUCCUGAACACAGGGUUUACAUCCCAGCCUCGGCUCUCCAGAGAAGCAGGGGAUCUGUGCCUGACAAGGAGACCCUGCUGGUGGCCUCUGUGAUCAACAGCACUUUUUUCCAGCUGAGUCCCAAUCGGUCAAAAGCGAGACUAUUCAUACCACCAGACCGGCCUGUUUUGGGGGGGUUAGUCCUGGCAGUGAGGGCAGGGAACCUUCCUGUCAAAAACCUCUCCCAACCCAUCAAAUUAACCUUCAAACACAACAAACAGGUGGGAGAUGGGGCAUGUGUGUUUUGGCGGGAGUCAACGCUUAAUGAUGGAACAGGUAGCUGGAGCACAGAGGGCUGUGAUACCGAUGACACCGGAGCUGAAUUUAUUUGCAGCUGCAACCACAUGAGCUUCUUUGCUGUGCUUGUGAACCCUGUGUUAUCAGUGGGAGAAAGUGAUGCUGUGAACCUGAGCUAUAUCACCUACAUUGGCUCAGCUCUCUCCAUCUUCUUCACAGUCAUCAGCUUGAUCCUCUAUAUAUGUCUACAACGUCGGCGUCCAGAGAAGGCUAUCGGGGUGCAUUUGCAACUAACAGGAGCGCUGCUCUGCCUCCAUCUCACCUUCCUGCUGUGCAGCUUCUGGGUGUGGCAUCUGAAUGAGAAUGAGGAGGGCUGGGUUUGCCAGGGUCUGGGUCUCUUUUUACACUGGUCCCUGCUGGCCACCUUCAGCUGGGCAGCUCUGGAAGGCUUCCACCUCUACCUUCUCUUAGUCCGAGUCUUCAACAUCUACGUCAGGAGAUACCUGCUAAAGCUCAGCAUGGUGGGAUGGAGUGUUCCAACACUGGUUGCAGUGGUUUGUGGGAUUUCAGGUGUUUAUGGCAAAUACAGUCUGAGGGACGCCAACAACCAGACUUCAACAGCACAGAUAUGCUGGAUGAGCAGCCAGUUCCCACAGAGGCUCCUGGUCAGCUUCAUCACUACCGUGGCCGUCCCAUGUGUGCUGAUGAUACUGUGUAAUUCCUGCAUGCUGGGGCUGGUGGUGUUUAAGCUCUGGGGGCUACGGGCAGGUAGUGGAGGGACUGAAAGCAGUGGCUGGAAGAUAAAGAGGGAGAAAGGGAUAAAGUUAUUGAAAGACUGUGCCACAGUGCUGGGCCUCAGCUGUGUGCUUGGCUUACCUUGGGGGUUAGCAAGCAUCACCUACAUCUCCCUCCCUGGGAUCUACAUAUUCACUAUACUAAACUCCCUGCAGGGUGUAUUCAUGUUCCUGUGGGCUGUGGCUUUGACCUGCAAGUCUCGUUCUGACAAUAACUCCUCAACCAGAGACCCUUCUUCUCAGAAAAUAAUGACCACCAGUUUCAAGAACUGAUGUUCACAACUACAACAAAUGUAUUAUCUAUUGCCUAUAUUAGGUGUUCCUUUGGAGUCCAGUGCAGUAUGUGCAGUUAAAUGAUAACAUUACUUAAUCAGCUCAUGUCUCAUCAUGUCUUGCAACUUACUGAAAUCAAGAUGGCAGACACACUUGCAUCAUGAACAGUAACUGCUUCUAAUUAUUUAUUGUUGCUACAAUUAUGAUCCGUAUUGUUGCAGUAAUAUCAGAAAUGGACAGGCAGAGAUUAUGAAAAGAAUUCUCUAAUUGUCCUUUCUGCAGUUAGCGCAUGAUCAUAAAGACAACUUUGUUAACCCUUGUGUUGUCUUCCUUUGACCAUGCAACAUAGUUUUUCUAGGUCAAAAUUUUAAAUGAAAACGUUUUUUUCGACACUUUUGUGGCUUUUCCCGAUGUUUCUGUCACUUCUUUUCAACGUUUUUGUCGACUUCUGUGCCUUUCUAAAGUUUUUAUGGGUUUUUCCCCAAGUUUUUGGAGCUUUUUCCAACAUUUUUGUCACUUGUUUUUG